UGACUGUGUUCGGUUGUGUCUGGAAAAUAAACGAACGGAAAAAAACUUGGAACGGGACAACGGAAAGAGAAUCCGCAGCUAUUGACAUAAUAUGUAAUUGUCCUAACAUAUCGUGUCAAUGAAAGAGGGUUGAGAGAAAAAAGUUGAAGAAUGUGAGAGAGUCUGCGCACCUUCAACAAUUACUCAAUUCAAUGUGUCAGCGUGUAAGAAAAACGAGUGGAAGGGGAAAGUGCAAUGAGGAAGUGAUGAGCGAAUGCAUGGUGUUUGCAUAUACCUAAAUAUUUUAUAUACUACUUGAUUUGAAUGCUACUACUACGUUAUACGAGUAUAUACAUGUGUUAGUACCAUGUGGAGUGUAGUGAUAACGACAGAGUUCAUACGUCGUUAAAUAGUGAAAAAAUAAAAACAAAAAGGUGCAUAAAGCGUACAGCGUACAGUGAAUAAAAUGGACUCGAGUCCCCACUGAAAUAUCACUGCAAGUGCAGUGAAGAAUUUAAAAAAUGAAGAAAUAUUACGAGUAAAAAGGCAUAAAGUGGAAAAAACGAUGCAUGAAAACCGACGCUCCAGCAUCAGCGCGAAAGGCAACGAAUGAAAGUCAUAGACACAACUUAAGGUGCCAAAUGCCUUUAUCGAAUGUGGUAUAUGGUAUACAAGGAGCCGAAGCAAAUUAGUGAAUAAAUAAUUUUAUAAAAAAAAAAUGUUUUAAAAGUUAGAAAACGAAGAUUUGUUCACAGUAUAUCGUGUUAAUUGAAGCGAGUGGAGAUAAAAGAUAAUACUUAAAGAAGAUAUAUAAAAAUAUUUUAGUGCUUGAAACAGUGUAUACAGCAGAUAUGGAAUAUUGACUUCAAAUAUGGUUAAAAAGCAACUUCUUGGCUUGGUAAAGAGGUUAUCUAAGCAUAUGGAAGGAAAUACUUAUGUUGGUGUACUUACUUAUCUCAAGUUGUACUAGACGUAUUAAUGAAACACAGGUCAUUUGCCAUUCGCACAACGUAUUUAUUCUUCGUUUCAAUACUUAUGAAUCGCUUUUAUUUAGGAUAAGGUGGCACCUUCAAAUUCAAGCAAUAGAAACCAGCAAGCAAUGGAAGAGUUAAUAAUACGCUUAAAAAUAACAACAUUUUUAAAAUACUGGUAUUAUGUACAAUAAAACGAAAAUAAUGCAAAUAGAUCUCUUGAAAAUCCGUGUAACAUAUGUCCCUUCCCAGUUAUGUUCGACGAGUUGGUUAACCGGUUAUCUUUGUAUGGGUUCAUUAGUAAAAACAUAAAGUGAUACCAGUUCACUGUAAAGUCAAAUUACAGUUUUUUAAAAAUCAAAUCAUAAAAAAAUAUUUAAGAAAAUAAUAUUUUAUAGGUGUUAAAGUGCACUUCAUUGAAAAUUAUAAUUUACAAUAUGUCAAAAAAUAAGUAACUUUACGCCAAUAAUUGAUUUCACAAGACACCAAUGGAGAGAAGAUGGAGGGAAGCAUGUUAAGCGGCACUAAGCAGUACAUUAACAAAAUUACUUACCAGGAUGUAUAAAAUAUGUAAUGGAAAGGCCAAUUCUUCAUAAAAAUGGGGUUACAUUGCCUUGUUAAGGCUAUAUUGAUCGUAUAUGCCAUUAAAGCUGAUUUUAGCUUAAUUGCAAAUGGGCUAGACUUGCAAGGACCGAUAUUUCUACAUGAACCACUGCAUCGCAUUGAGUUUUCAAAUAAUACAGGCGGCUUAAUAGAAUGCUCUGGACAUGGAAGCCCCCCACCAGAGGUGGAAUGGACUCCAAUACCUCCCCAACAGGACAUGGUCUUCACACUCUCCAAUGGUAGCCUAAUGUUUUAUCCGUUUUCAGCAGAAAAGUAUAGGCAUGAAGUACAUGCUACAGUUUACAGGUGUAAAUUAAGAAAUCUUGUUGGUACGAUACUGAGCAGGGAGGUGCACGUGCGUGGAGUUGUCAACCAAAAAUAUACAGUGCAAGUUCAUGAUGAAUAUGUGAUGUCUGGCAACACGGCUGUUUUAAAGUGCCAGGUGCCCAGCUACAUGUCUGAGUUUGUUAUGGUGACAGCUUGGGUUCAAGACACUGGCAUGCAUCUCUAUCCUAACACGGAUAUUGGUGGAAAAUAUACAGUGCUAUCAAAUGGCGAACUCUAUAUAAAUAACGCGGGGACAAAUGACGCAUUUAAGAGUUACACCUGCCGCACUGUGAAUCGACUAACAGGUGAAAUUCAAAUAUCUACAUAUCCUGGACGCAUCAUUGUCACAGAACCAAAAGGCAUGGUGCAACCGCGCAUAAACGUCGAAAAGCACUCACUUCGACAUGUUAUGCUUAAUGGACAAACAACACUGCCUUGUAUCGCUCAAGGUCAUCCUGUGCCAACUUAUCGCUGGUUCAAGGAGGAAAACGAGCAGCUAUUGCCUCUGCAGUUAAGUGAGCGCAUCACAAUCGUUUCUGCGGGAUUGUUAAAGAUAGCAAAGGCACGCCUAGAAGAUAGUGGGAAAUAUCUUUGUUGGGUUAACAACACUGCCGGCGAGGAAACAAUUCAAGUGUCAUUAACGGUAACGGCACCCUUAACAGCACAUCUGCAGCCUCAGGUACAAACAGUGGAUGUGGACAAGGAUGCGCAAUUUCAAUGUAUAGUGUCCGGACAUCCGGUGCAUGAUGUCAAUUGGUUACAUGACGGAAAACCAAUAUUGCGUGACAAUCGAGUAGAGAUACUAACUGACCCACCAAGACUGAUAAUUAAGAAAGUGCAAAAGGACGAUCCUGGGAUGUAUCAGUGCUUUGUUUCGAAUGAGUGGGAGCAGAUUCAGUCGACAGCUGAACUACAACUGGGAGAUGCAUCUCCAGAAUUACUUUAUUGGUUUUCGGAGCAAACAUUGCAGCCCGGACCCACUGUGUCGUUAAAGUGCGUAGCAACUGGAAAUCCUUUACCGCAAUUUACAUGGUCACUCGAUGGAUUCCCGAUUCCGGACAACUCUCGAUUUUUGGUUGGUCAAUAUGUAACCAUUCAUGAUGACGUUAUAAGUCACGUGAACAUAUCAAACGUCAAAGAGGAAGAUGGCGGCGAAUAUGCUUGUACAGCACAAAAUUCAAUUGGGAAGUAUGUAUUUUCAAAUAACGGUAAUCUGAAUUUCAUUCCUGUUUUGGUAUUUAAUUUACAUUUUAGUCCAUGAUUAUAUAUUUCCGGAUGGCUUUCAUUUUAUAUUUUUGCAUAUAGAAAUUUUUUGCUAUUAAUAAUAUCCAUCGUUUUUAUUUGUGAUUAGUCAGAUAGUUCGAAGACAUUCGAGGUUCCAAUACCUCAUACAAUGUAGAAUUUAUGUAUGUAGA